AUUGCGAGUGUCGAACAAGAAUAGAUAAUCGACUACUGAGCGAUUAUCGAUUAUCGAACUAUUGCGAGUGUCGAAUGAUCGCUCAGCAAGCGACUGUGAAUGCUUUUUAAUCGAUCAUCUUUCUACAGCCAUUUUCUAGUCGUUGGAGAGUAAAGUUGAUGAAAAAAGAACGAAAAUGGAUAAAAAAUCAAAAGUAGUUAGUAACAAAAAGCAACUAGCGCGAUUAGUGGAGUUGAUGCAAAAAAACAGCGACUUAGGAAAAGGUAUCUGCGGAAAAGUUCAAGGAAAGGCAAGUUGGGAGCGGGUAGCUGUAGAGUUGAACAGUUUGGGACCACCAAUGCGCUCGUGGGAAAAGUGGUUGAAGGUAAAAUACAAUUACAUAUAUAGCUUUCGUAAAUAA